CCAAUUUCAAGAAUUACCUGGACCCAAACACAUGCCCCCUCCCAACUCUCCUCCCAUAUCUUAUUUUCUUUUGUUUUUCACUGAUUUUAUUCUUUCUCUCAUGGUGACAGAAUCAAAUCGGUAUGCCCAGCAGUUUAUAACGAGUAAGGGAGGAAAUGUUUCUACUCAUCUGAAGAAUUGGAACAGGAUAACAACGCCAGAAAUGAAAGGAUUUCUGGCAUGUAUUCUCAACAUGGGAAUUGUAAAGAAACCCACCAUUGCGUCAUACUGGUCUAUUCUGCCUUCCCAAGCCACCCCCUGGUUUGGGAAAAUGUUCUCAAAACAUCGGUUCUCCCAGUUACUGCGAUUCUUUCACCUGGUGAACAACGAGGGAUUGGCGGUCCCUGGAGAAACAGGAUAUGAUCCCUGCGCAAAGUACCAGCCCCUAGUAGACCAUGCCAACAGGGUAUUCCAGCACCAUUAUACACCACAUCAGCAACUUUGUGUUGAUGAGAGUCUCAUGCAAUACCAGCCCUACAAGCCCCACCACCCAUUGGGGAUAAAGUUCUGGAUGAUAUGCGACUCUGUUUCCAAAUACUGUCUGGGUUUUUAUACAUACGGAGGUGCCAGAUCCCAAGACGACAGAGACAGUAUCCAGAAAAAUGGUUUGGGGUACACUGUUGUGAAGAAGCUCCUGGGGAUUGGUGGUUACCUCAACAAAGGUUACCUUGUCUUUGUUGACAAAUUUUUUAUGUCUGUGCCACUUGUCCAUCAUCUGUAUCAGCUCGGCACAUAUGUGACUGGAACCAUAAAGAGGAACAGGAAAUUUUUGCCCCAACAGUUUAAAAACAAAUUUUCAGUCGGUCAGAAAAUGUACUUCAGAUCUGGUCGAAUUCUCGCUUGCGCUUUCCGGGAAAAGAAAUGCCAAAGACAUCCGGCUAUUCUUCUCUCCAGCCACGCAACAGUUCAAGAACAGGAAGUUACACUAACAGGCAAUGGUGGCAAUAGAAAAACAACAAAACCUGAAAUAAUAACGACCUACAACAAAUUCAUGGGUGGGAUUGACACCUCCGACAUGGUGUUGUACACCUACGUCGACGAAAGGCGAACCAUCAAAUAUUGGAAGAAGGUAGCUUUCAACAUCAUUGCCAGGAUGGUGCUGAACAGCUACAUUCUUUACAAGGAGAACUACAGGGGGCCUGACAAAGUAAGAUCAAGACGGAGCUACACAGUGGCCAUCAUUGAGACCUUGGGAGAGGAUUGGAUGACGUUGAAGGGUGGCACUGUGGACGAUCCGAGAGGACCGCCGGGAAUAAGAAAACUACCGGAGAAAAAGGAAUACCGGUGUGUUGUGUGCAGCACCAAGGAAAUGAGGAGGAGAUCGAGAACGGUGUGCAAGAGGUGCAACAGGGGGCUGCAUGGAGAGUGUUUUCCGAAGCACAGGUGCUGACUCCGAAAGCCCAGAAGAAUAGUCAAACCUCAUCAAACAAAAAUGAAGCCAGAACAUGGAGAACAGACCAAAACCAGAAGUCCAAUGAAGGAUUG